AUGUUGCAGGUAGCCAUAACAAUUUUAGUAGCAGCAGCCUGCCUCAGUCUGGCUAGGUCUCAGAAAUCUGAGACCUUGGCUAAGACUCUCGAAAUUCCACCGCCUCCAGUAAAACUCGACAAAAACUUGAGGCAAGCGUUGCUGAAAGCGCUGACGGAACUAGAAGCUGAAUCUGCGGAGCACCGAAAGGAUGAAGACGAAAAAACGCUCAUUAUGACUAUAGAAAAAUCUUUCGAUGAAGUGGUGAAGAAGAAUCUAAAUAAGAAUAUUGGCGUGAUACCGAAAGGUUCCUUUUCAUUCGAUAAUUUUCCAGGAGACGAGGAAACCCUCAAUGAGGAAAAACUGCAAAAUUCGAGCUUUCUCGAAUCAAAGAGGUACGUUCCCUCGAGUUCGUCGGGGAUGAUAGAAAAGGCGAGUCACGACGACGCCAGAAGCUACCAUGUGCAGAAUGUGGGUCUGUCUGAUAAAAGUACAACGCCUCGAACUGAAUCUAUACAGGAUUCUUUAGAAAUAAAGAAAAUUUCCGCGAACUCGCCCACGAUUAGCAAGAUUGAUAGUAUCACGUUGAAACCGAUUACGCAAUUAUCAGAGAGCUUGGCGCAAAGCGCCAGCAGCGGAAUUACCAGCGCCAGUGCGCUAAUCGCACCAAAACCGACCGCAUCUAGUCCAACAGCUCCGCUUAGCAAUGUUACUUCAUCUUUUAGCGCUAAUAAGGAAAAAUCUAAGGCAGAGGAAGUGAAAAUACUCCAAGCGCCUCUGGUAGCGGCCUUUACGGUGCAACAAGAUGAACUUGGUAUACCGAAGAGUGUUGUGCCAAUUUACAGACAAUCAGGCGAUGGACAGGCUCUGACUCUUCAGGAACAGUUGGAGUUCAAGCAGAAAUUACUGGAGCAACAGUUGGUAGAGUUGCAACAACAACAGAUCCAACAAACGCAAUUUCUCAUCAGGCAACGUCAACUUUAUGAACAGCAGUUGAGACAGAAGCAGCAGCAGCAACAACAGCAGCAGCAGCAGCAGCAACAGCAAUUAUAUCUUCAAGAACAGGCUAGAAUCAAACACUUGGAGGAACAGACUAAAAUCAAACAAUUGGAGGAGCAGCGUUUGAAACAGCUGGAGGAGCAAAGGAUUUAUCGUUUGCAUCAGCACAAUCAGUUUCCAUUGCUGCAAAAACCGCACGUCUUCGAACAAUCGAAUGUAUUGUCGCUUCAGCCACCUCUGGAACCUACCAUUCAUCUUCAACCGAGCUUAUCUCUAGAAGUUCCCAGCAUCGCGGCGCCUCCAUUAUUCCGCACGAACUAUCAGGAGCAAUUACAUUUCCAACAAUUCCGUCAGCAACCUCAACCACAAGUCCAACUUCAACAAUCACAGCCUCAACUUCAGCAUCAGCAGCGACAGAAUUUCGUUUCAUUUUCUACCACGAGUGACUUCCAGCCACCCGUAGCAUCGGCCACCAGAUUUAACAGACAAGAGGCCUUUAAUGCAGUCGGCAAUUUUGGUUUUAAUCUGGAUAACAAGCAACCGCCUCCGUCAAGGAACGCGGUCAAUUUCAACGUGAUACCAAGGAAUCCUAAUACGUUCGUUUAUAAUCCUUAUCUGCAGUUCAAGCAGAUCCCAAGAGCGCAAACGCCCGCCAAGCAGAUCCAGCGUUUGCUUUAUCAGUCAGGAGUCGCUGGCGAUUUAGGAAAUGUACAGGGCCAAGGUAGCGAGGACCUCAACAUCGUGUCUAAGGUACUAGCGCUAAAUGUUGGCGCGUUGCCCACACACAACAAGAACUAUCAAUAUAUUACGAAUAAUCGCGGCAAAUUGAGCAGCGCGUGA